GCCAAUAUGUGUGUUCACUGUUGAUAGUUGAUACUUCAAUUCAAUAGUUCAUAGUUUCAUACACCUUUAGAUCUUACUCUAACCACCCGGCGGCGUUGAAAUUUAUUGUUUCUGUGGUUAUUUAAGUACAUGAUUUUAUAUAUAAUAAUUAACCAGCAGCGAUGAUAAUUUAUUAUUUUGUGUUGGUUGAAAUUACUUGUAGACAAUAGGAACCUAUCUGUUUUGUUUAUUCUACGCAGCAUUUUAUUGUAACAAAAACCAUCAUAAAAAAAUCACGCUGUAUAAAAUCAUGAAUGAAAACAAAAUGAAUAAUGAUAAGGCUGAAGAAAUUAAUGACCAAAACCAAGACCCUCAAAUAUCUAUUAAAGUAGACAAUGAAGUAAUUCAACUUCCACGAUCAAAGUUUGAUGAAAUAUUAGAUAGAGAAAUCACUAAAUAUAUCUUGAACAAUGAGGCUGCUGACGAAAAUAUUAUUGACCCAAAAGAGUUGGUAAAUGUUGAGGUUUGGAAAAAAAAAUUUGAAAAGUUGAGUAUUGAGGCAACAGUUUUUCAUAAGGUUGUAAAACGAUUGGAAAAAGAUUUAAAAAGAAAUAAGUUUGCUCAACCAAAAAGAUGUACAUAUUUAACAUUUGGUCAAAAUGUUAACGUUUACAAUCAAUUGGAAAGACAAAUAGACACUGUCCGUGGGAAUACUAUAAAGGAUCAUGAAAUAUUUACAAUAUCUUCAGAUAGUGAAGAUCAGUCAAUCAUUAUCACUGAUACAUCAAUAACCAAACCAACAACAAUGACAAAAAUUGAUAAUACUAAUUUGAGUAAUUCAGAAUCGGAUAAUAGUUCCAAAAAGUUGAAUAUAAAAUAUAAGCCAUGUCCGAAAUCCAAAAAAAAAAAUUCUAAACGUAACUUAAAAGUAAAACUUAAUGGUACCAAUAAAGUAAUGCCAUUAAAUACUGAAUUAGACCAAAAAAACUUAACUACUGUAAAAUGCUUAUCUACAAUCAGGUGUAAACGAAAACCUGGGCCAAAAUCAAAAACAAUGUUUGUUGAUGAUAUGAUUUCUUCCUAUUCUUACAGUAAGGAACCUGAUGAAAAAAAAAUGUGUUUAAAUAAAGGUAUUAAUGACGAAAAAUCAAAAACAACAAAUUUGUCAAAUUGUAAUUCAUCAAAAAAAGAAGUUACUAAAAACCCUAAUAUUCGCCCUAAGUUUUCAAGUUCAAAGUAUCCACCACCGUAUCCUUUAGUACCGCCACAUAAUACACAACCAUCAUGGAAAAACUUGCCACCAACACCUAAUAUGUCAAUUAAAGUUUCCGGAAAUAAAGUAACAUUAUCAUGGAAUUUGAAUUUGUCUUUGCCAACUGCAGAAAUCAAGAUGUAUGAACUGUUUGUAUGUCAAGAAACAGAUGCACGUCCAGACGUGUCAAUGUGGAAAAAGAAGGGUAAUAUAGAAGCAAAAACGUUGCCUAUGGCUUGUGAACUAGAAAUGUUUGAGUUAGGCUAUAUUUAUUAUUUUAUUCUGAGAGCGGUGGAUGUUCACAAUAGAUGUGCCCCUUUUGCUUUACAACAAAUUAAGAUCUAGAUUAACAAUUUUACUAAGUAUGUUAAAUAUUAAACCAUUUAUUAUAACUAAGUUAUUAGCCAAUUGGUUAAGUAUUGUGUAAUAAUAUUUUUGAAAUGUAUAAUUAAAUAACCUAACCUUGUUUUAGUAAUUUAAUGUCGAGGAUAUAUUUUUAUAUUUAUGAAAUAUUAAAUAUAAACCUUUUAAAUUUGUUCCACUGUAAACCAUUGCCUAUUGAUAUCUAUUAUUUUUACCUGCAUAUUUAAAACAAGGAAUAAUUUGAUUUUUGUAAUUAUAUUUCAUUCAAUACUAUGUACAAAUAAAGUAUUUGCUUACCUAUUAA